AUGGGGCUUCAGCCGGGAAAUAUUAUUCGACCCAAACCCCCGCGCCCACCGAGUGAGACAAGAAGGAUCCGGAAGCCACUGAUGGAACGGAAACGACGGGAGAGAAUUAACACGAGCCUGAACGACCUGGCCUCUCUCUUGGCCGAGGCCCACCUGGUCAAGGGCGAGGCUGGCAAGCCCACCAAGCUAGAGAAAGCUGACAUACUCGAGCUUACCGUCAAGCAUCUCCUCAGACUCAAGAGCCGGGCGAGUGGGACGUCCAAGGGCACGGCUGCUCCUCCAAGCAAGCUCCUGGGGGUCGAAGAUUCACAAAAUGGAGGUUCCUCAAUACGCGUCUUGUUCCAGGGCGCCACUGUGCCGCAAAGUGUCAAUAUAUUAGAAGGAAAGAAUAGCCCAACUGGAAGCGUUGUUCAGCAAGAGUGUGCCAUUCCACAGGGGAGCGCUGUGACACAGGAAGACACAGCUACACAAAGGAAUAUUGCGGAACAGGAGAAGGCUGUGUCACAAGGAGGUUCAGCUGCACAGAAUAACACCAAUGUGCAAGGGGACACUCUGCAACAGGGGCGUAUAAUUGUGCAAACAUACGCUGUUGCACAAGGGGGUAACGUUGCACAGAAGGGUACUUCAUCUCCUGAAACUCCCACCACUGUCAAGACAUUCCAGGCAUCGCAAGACGACCGGCCCAAUCUGAAGGCUCCUCAUGGCAAAACCCCAGCCGCUCGCAGCACUCACAGCGAGGAAAACUAUAGACUUGGCUUUAAGAAAUGUAUUAGCACCAUUGACAGCGCCAUGAAGCAAUAUCUAGAGCAUGAACAUGACAACAUCCGACCAAGACUUCUGCAGCAUCUCCACAGCUUCCUCAAGCUGGUCGACAACAAGAAUUCCUCCACACAUGUAUCACGUGAGGCUCCCAGCACCAGUCCAUCUGGAGUGCCAAGUUCUACCCAGGAAGAGCAGCCCUUUGCCCACCCAACAGUGUCUACAAGCAAAGCUACAAGCUCAAGCCAAUGUACAACGUCCACCUCUCCUCAAGUACCCGGCUUAACUCUCGUUCCAACUCGUCUUCCUAGUGGCAGUUUAGCUUUUGUGAUUCAGGGCGUCCUGGACCCUUCUUUGCUGUUUGAGACUGCUGAAGACAGCUUGGGAAAUAACUCCAAGACACUGGCGACAGUCAAUAUAAGAAAUGUGAAGGCUGAAACGUGCCCUUCCAGUAUACCUGCCACAAUCACCAUGUCUUCCGGAAUCACGACGAUAAGAACGGCCUCCUCAGCGACCAAAAUUGAACCCGGGAACGUCAAAAGUGAAGGAAGCAAAUGUGAGAUUAAAAACGACAUUUCAAAACAAACUUCGACAUUAGAAGAGUUUGCACCUACUGAGGUAUAUGCUAAACCCAUUUCAAAUUUGGAAGUUAUUAGUUUAGCACCUAGGGCACCUGGAGCAUCAUCUAGUGCAGUUGGAACAACACCUGGUGCUGUUGGAACAACACCUAGUGUUACUGGAACCCCUAGUGCUGCUGGAACAACACCUAGUGUUGCUGGAACAACACCUAGAGCUGCUGGAACAACACCUAGUGCUACUGGAACAACACCUAGUGUUGCUGGAACAACACCUAGAGCUGCUGGAACAACACCUAGUGCUGCUGGAACAACACCUAGUGCUGCUGGAACAACACCUAGAGCUGCUGGAACAACACUUAGUGCUGCUGGAACAACACCUAGAGCUGCUGGAACAACACCUAGUGCUGCUGGAACAACACUUAGUGCUGCUGGAACUACACCUAGUGCUGCUGGAACCGUUAGUGUAGCUGGAUCAGCACCAUCCCCAGCAGCUCCCGUGGGCGUUAUGGUGUUUAGUAACCCUCCAGAAAGGUUAUUAGGCUUCCAAAAUCUUCACCGACUGCCUCCAACGCCUCCAACUCCCCCAACUGGAAGCAUUCUGUCACGCAUUUCCCCAACGCUCUUCACUCCCACAACCUCCAAAGGACACGGCACAAUUCGCUUCACUCACCGCAGAGUUGCUAGUAAUUCCGGAGGCCAGAGUGUACCUCCGAUGUCAUCGCCGACUAAAGACGAGCUUCAAAGAACGGCCGCCGCACCUCCGACUAGUCAAGCCAUAAUAAAUGAAGGUUUCCAGACCUCCGCGAUCGCUGUUCAACCCAAGACCUCGACGCAAUACCUUCCAGCGACUCCUUCGGGUACUUCGAUGCGCAGUGUUCAGAUUCUGACGCCGGAGAAUACGCCUCCUGGCAGCACUUUUCACAGAGUGCCGCAGCAACCAUGCAUGCUGACUCCUACAACUAUCCAAGGUGUUUAUAUGCUGCCUCCAACCCCUCCCACGCCUCCAACACUACACGUUCUCCGACUGGAAACUCCAACACCAGGCGUUCUCCCUCAGGAAGGACCAUUAAAACAACCUCCACCAAUGCCGGUGUUUAUACAACCUCAAAGAGGUGGAGAUCAAGUGUUGGAGAAAGCCGAAGCGAUGGAGGAGGGAGAAGAAGUGGAGAUGGAUAUGUUGAUGGAUGUUGGAGAGGAUAUAGUCGAGAGAAGACAGCACAAUAACAUGCCCUUUGACCUCUCUUUAAGAAGAAUGUGGAGGCCUUGGUGACCAAGCCGUGGGGUUAGAGACUCACAAACUAUAGUGACCUCAGACGUCAAGUGGCUGAAAGUGACGCAAGAACUCAACAAAUUGGUUGUGAGUAAUGGUGAUUAAAGAUAUUUUAAACGAUGGUGAAGCAUCGUUCAUUGGUGAUUAUCACCUGUUAGCACCAAGGCGACUAUGGGUUUAUUGGGUUUAACACGUUAUUGAAAACUAAUGUUUUAAUGCGGCUUGAAAGACAGUGAAAUUGGUUAAGUGCUGUGACAACUAGAAUUAGUAGUGCUGUCAUAAUUAGUGAUGUUGGUGGUGACAUAACUAGUGAUCCUGGUACUGACAUAACUACCGUGUUCGUAACUUAUUUACCAACCCAGGAUGCUAAGUACCUCUUACUCUAACACAUAAUGGCUGACCUGAGACUACCGACCAUUUAAGAUAGUAUAUAGUUUGUUUCUACGAAGUGAGAUCUUAAUAAUAGUCGCCCAAUGAUCUCCAGACUCAUUAUCCUGUCCCAAGUGGGCUCAGGAUGCAAGAGCAACGGCAAUUCAACGCCAAAUCAAUGUCAUUGUUGAUUCACUUAAGUCGUUACGAGGUGGUUAGGGGUCAGAGGCGGUCCAGAGCGUCGUCAUCUUUUUCAUAUAUGUGGGUUGGGUCCUUGAUUUAAUUCCUGUUUAUAAUUAUUUAUCAUCAAGAAACUGUUUAUUGAGAUAUAUUUAUGACCAGUUUCCGUACAGGUUUAAACUCCAUUUGUUGCAAAAGAGGUGAAUUGAUCUUCGUAACCUCCUCCCUCCCCCCUGUAAGCUACAUGUACCAAUUGUACCAUAUUCUUAGCUCGUGUCUGUCUGUAGACUAAUGCCGUAGACUCGACACUGUACCUGAUCUAUUCUCUGGUUUACAGACACUUGUGUAAACCCAUUUGGGAAUCCUGAUUCUCGUUGGUGAUCUUAGUUGAGAGGAUUUUUCUUGUGUCAGGUUAUCUUGAGGUUAUCUUGAGAUGAUUUCGGGGCUUUUUAGUGUCUUUUUAGUGUUUAGUGACACUUUUUAGUGUCUGGUAAGAAAAGUGUCAAACAAUUUUUGACACUGAAAAUUUUUAGACUUUCGGACCCCUGUGACUUAUUUUAUGACCACGACUUUUAAAUGUCUUUGAUCUUUCUUCUUUGCCCUGUCAUAGAUUUUUAGAGAAAAUAUUUGAUGUGAGAAAUGUAGUAUAUAUGAAUUAGGUCGCUCAAAUAAUCUCUUGCUUACAAUCUGUCUUUAAAUGUAAAUAUUCUUAGAAUUCUUCACGAAUUUAGUGACUAAUUCAAUAGCAAUAUUGUCUUCCUAGAUCUUCCAAGAUUUUCCAAAACCUCCCUGGAUCUUCCAAGAUCUUCCAAGAUUUUCCAAAAUCUCCCUAGAUCUUCUAGGAUCUUCCAAGAUCUUCUCACUUACGUUGAAUUUUGGCUAUUUUAAACACAUUUAAUAAAAAAUUAGUUAUAUUGACAAUCUCAUCCAUUUAGGGCCAACCGACUGGAUAAAUCUGAAUUUAUAUUAUGUGUUUUAUCCUCUGGAUAACAGAUUUGUUGGCUAAAUGUUAGUGAAUGUUUAUCCUGAGAGUAUAAAUGGUUUAUUUUAUUUUAUCUGUGAUUUGGAUUUUAUUUAAGAUCAGCAAAUAUGGAUAAUAUUUAUUAUAUCAGGAUAAUUGAUAAUGAUUCGUUUUUAAUGGAUUCCAGUAAACAUUAAUUAUUUUGCUAUAAAGCUCCAGAAAUUUUUUUUUCACCAUAAACAGGAUUUUAAAUAUUUGAAAUAUUGCUAUACAAGUUCUGUAUUAACCCCCCCAAAAAAUUACAUAAAUAGCUAGCAAAAGUAUUUUUUAAAUAUGUUUGGGAUAAAGUUUAUAUAUUAUUCAAAAUGCCACUUAAAAGUGAAACUAAAUUUUGAAACGAUACAUAUUUUUUGAUUAAUUUAUUUUUGUUUAAUUUGUUUGUUUUUUAAACAUUUGGAGGAGUUAAUGUCGAUUGUGUGUAUUUUUCUUUGUUGUAUGUUCAGUAUUUGCUGAUAAGAGAAUCAUUUACAAUUUAUUUACAAUGUAUGUGUAUGUGUGUAUGUAUAACAGUGCUGGAAUACGAAUGUAUAAGAUAUAUACAUUCAGACAUAAGUGUGUGUAUCAACGAAACCGUAUGUAUGUAUGUAUGUAUGUAUGUAUGUAUGUAUGUAUGUAUGUAUGUAUGUAUGUAUGUAUGUAUGUAUGUAU